CAACACCUUCAACUCUCAUCUCUCCACAUCAGCAUUCACCCUAACGACAAAAUGAUUGACCAACGGAUUUUCGAGGAUCUCCAGACAAAGAUCGACGAGGAGACUACUGUCCGCGACGAAUUACACGAUAUUGUCCAGACACUUGCGCGGAAAGGACGUUCUACACAGGCUAUUCUCUCAAGGGCACACUCUACCCCGACUGAUCAGAUCAAGUCUGUCCUUGAUGAUGCUACUGUGGCAAUCAUUGCUCAGAAGCAAGAUGUUGCCCGCCUGAAGGCUGUGGCUGACAAGCACCCAUUCUACAAGUACAACAACGUCUGGUCGCGGGAGCUGCAGAACCUGGUCUCUUCCAUUGAGCUGUGUGCUUGGCUUGGUGGACUCCAGGAGCACAAGGGUCCUGACUCUACCUCGUUCAUGACUGUUGAGGAUGUCGGAAAGUUUCUGGAGGUCCCUGUUAACCUGAAAGAGCAAGAUGCCUUCCACCUGACCAUCGAGGAGUAUCUCCUGGCGCUGAUUUCCAUGGUCGAAGAACUGUCUCGCCUGGCCGUCAACUCUGUUACCCUAGGUGACUACGAACGGCCCACGCAGAUCUGCAACUUCAUCAAGGAGCUCUUUGCUGGGUUCCAGCUGCUAAAUCUGAAGAAUGACAUCCUUCGUAAGCGAAGCGAUGGAAUUAAGUACAGCGUCAAGAAGGUUGAAGACGUUGUGUACGAUCUCUCGUUGCGCAAUCUCAUUCCCAAGGGUAGCGCUGCAUGA